CACCCUGGAAUAACAAAGUUUAAUCGCGGUUUAAGCCAUGUUUCUUGGAUACAUAUAACAUCUGGAGGAUUUGUUAAUUUAUGUACUAUUCUUUUGAACUCUUGGCCAUUCGCGAUCAGUAUUCUGGCAUUCCAUUGUACUAUCCUGAAUGUCAUAUUAUUUGUUUAACCUUUGCUAGUCUGGUAAUUCCUGAGAAUUUGCAUUAUUCUCAGAUUGACCUAGGAAUGUCUGAAUUUUCUCAACUGUUAUACCCAGCUGACGUGUUGCUGCAGAUAUGAUUAUUUUCAGUUUCUCUGUCCUUUUGUUUGUUUGUGCAGUGCAGUUAAUGACUUCUGCGAUAAAUGCAAUGAAACUCACUUUACUAACCAUGAGAAUACUUGAGUCAGCAUUCGCUUUAUCCGUAUAUGUACCCUUGUUUGAUAUCUCAUUUGUCUCGUUAUGAGUGUUCCCAUCACUUUUCUUAUUUCCUUGCUCAUUUUGAAUCUUCUUUACUACUUGUGCAUAUGAUACAUUGUGAUCUGAUUUGUACUUCAUAACUUACAUUACUUGUUUUUGUGCUGUACAUCCUAAGUAUGCUGCACUAUGUGGGCCUCCUCAUGAUAAACCGCCAAAAAUUGUCUUAAAAUUCAGAGGGAAUUUGUUCAAUUGGUUUGAAUUUGCCGCCCAAAUUUUAUUGACAGAAACAGACACCACUGGUGGUGCAGAGAAAACCUACAAACCAAUGAGCUCUCGCUCAUGUAGCGGCUCUCCGAUUGGUGCUUUAGUUUGCGCUGUUUAUGCAUGGAAAGGAUCGAGCCAAUAGGGGGUCACAUCCGCUCUAGGUUUGCUCUGUAAGCCAAUCAGGUCCGGGUUUCACAGCUUGUCGCCAAUCAAAAGUGUAGGCGGAGCUACACAGCACUCCUUCAGCCAGUCGUUAAAUACUGCAGCAAUUGUUUAGAAUACCCCAUUGAAUUCUUCUACACCGUAGAGAGAAAAAUUAACGUGAACAACAUGUCUGGAAGAGGUAAAACCGGAGGAAAAGCCCGCGCCAAGGCAAAGACUCGCAGUUCCCGUGCUGGUCUACAAUUUCCCGUCGGCCGUGUUCACCGUCUUCUGCGCAAAGGCAACUAUGCUGAAAGGGUGGGCGCUGGUGCUCCCGUCUACUUGGCUGCUGUUCUCGAGUACCUCACCGCUGAAAUUCUCGAGUUGGCGGGAAACGCUGCAAGAGACAACAAGAAGACUCGUAUCAUUCCUCGUCAUCUUCAGCUGGCCGUUCGUAACGACGAGGAGCUGAACAAACUGCUCGGUGGAGUGACAAUCGCCCAGGGUGGUGUUCUUCCCAACAUCCAGGCCGUGCUCCUGCCCAAGAAGACUGGCCAGGCUGUCCCCAGCUCUGGGAAAUCUGGAAAGAAAGCAUCUUCCCAGUCGCAGGAGUAUUAAGAACUACACUGACCACUCUUGAACUAGUUUAAUUUUCUCAACGGCCCUUUUAAGGGCCACCCAACUCGUCUGAAAAGAGCUUAUUCCAUAUUGAAUGUGAUCUCGUGUUUGUGGUUUUGCUUUGACCAAUUAUUAAAGAUUCCUUUUUUUUAAA